UUUUUCACUUGAUGGCAUCGUCGUCUUUGAUUGUUCCAUUGGCUUUUUGGGUUAAUUUACCUACUGCUCCUAUAACUACCGUUGCAUACAAAGAAGGUCAUAUUGUUACUGGUCUUGAAGACGGUCACAUUUGGAUAUAUCGUUGUAUUAUCGACGAGCAAGGAGCUCCUCAGUUACAACAUAAAAUAUUAUGUUUGGGCCAUAAAUCUUCGAUCACCGCAUUAACGAUUAUAGAAGGUCAAACCGAUGGUUGUGCGGGAAACGAUUAUGUAUUAAUAAGCGCCUCAAAAGACGGAGAUGUCAAUAAAUGGUGUUUGCUGGAUGGAAGAUGUCUUACGAGCAUAUCUAAAGCUUUUUGUGGAAUUAUAAAAAGUUUAAAGCCAUUAGCCGAAUAUUCUCAACCAGCAAAAUUUCUUUUAUGCUCUGGAUUUUCGAAUGAGAUCACUAUACUAAAUUGCACAACACUAGAGCUUGUACGAAUUUGGGGCGGUCAUAACGAUUGGGUUGCUUGCACCCCUUUUUAUGAUUCAGAUGCACGUCAAAUAAGAUUGUUAACUUCAAAUUUCAAUGGAAUUUUGAAGAUAUGGGCAUUUGAUGAAUCAAAUCAUAUUAAUAAAGAAUAUGACAAUGUUGGGUUACUGGAAGCUCAGGGAGAUAAAAUCUUAGAGUUAAUUAGUAAUCCAUAUGAUAUUGGAGUUAUACUAGCCAUAACGAGAAGUUACGCUAUAACAUUUACAAUACGUCGAGGAAAGAUGGUUAAUUUUCAACGUAUUCGAACUUCAAAAGAAGGAAUUUAUUGGGCAAGCGGAGCUUUCCUCUCAAAAAACCGAAUGUUAUUAUGGAAUCAGAUGGGCAAUGCUUAUUUGUAUUCAAUACCAUCAUUUACGGAAAAAAAAAUUCCAACAGAAAAUGCACAUUUGCAUAUAAAGCCAGGGCUUAUUCGAAGAUCAUCUUUACCUAAUUUACAAAAGUCUAAUGUUGAAAAAAUGCCAAAUUCGGCUCAGUUAAGACCACAGUUAUUAGAAACUGUUUGUUCAGAUAACGAAAGUCUUGCUAUAACGACGGUAUUCGCAUUAUCAAGCAUUGAUGGAAAGGCAUCUAAUUUGUAUUUAAUUACUUUCCGCAAUCAAAUAAAUGGCACCUCAUUUGCAUUCAAGACAUUAUCACCAAUGGCACAAGAAUCUGGAAUAUGUGAGAAUAAUUAUAAUGUUCGGGAACUAAAAUGGCCUCCUGAAACAUAUUUGUCUGAUAUAUGGCAAUUAAACCAUAAGAAUGAUAAUAUUACAGUUACAACUAUGGUGUAUGAUGUUUACUUAGCUACUGGAUAUGAGAAUGGUGAAAUCCAUCUUGUACCAUUAUCAAUGGCAUUGACACAAUCAGCAGAAAUACAAAAUUCAACUUCAAUACCAAAUUCAAUUCACAAAUUAGAAGGACACAUAGGUAAAGUAACUUGUUUAUAUACACCAAAUUCACAAAAUUUUGGACACGAAUAUCUUUUGUCUGGUGGUGAAGAUUGUUCAGUAAGAAUAUGGAAUUUGGAAGGAAAGCAACUUGCUUCAUUUAAGUAUCACAGUCAGAGUGUCACUCAUUUCUUUGAGCCUCCUAGUGAUGAAUGUCAAAGACUUAAAAGAUGUGUAAUAUCCGUUGCUAAAGACAAUUCUUUGGCUAUUAUAUCUUUAGAAGGAUUAAGCUGUUUAUAUGUAUUUGGAGGUUAUCCAUAUCCAUUGAAUAAGAUUCAAUGGAGAAAUUCCGAAGGAUUUAUAAUUUUAUUUUAUAAUGAUGAUACAGCCCACAUGUGGCAGACACAGACAUUAGAGCUUUAUCAAAAAGUUACAGGUUCAGCUGCAAGAGAUAUGUUAAAAGAUGCAUCAUGGAGAACAAGCUCAGUAGAACAACAAGAGUUUGUUAUAAACAAGACUUUAACAUCUGUUACAGAUAAUUCUGAUGGUGGAAAAACUUUCCUUCAAAUAUUUACAAUAAAUAUCAAACAACUUAUUAAUGAUAUUUAUCAUUAUCAUGUGUCACAAAUUGGUUCAAAGUCUAAUUGUACAAGAACAAUUGAAGACUUUGAUGAAAAACCAUCAGUGUCUAAGAUAUUUUCAUGGACAACUGGUGGUGCUUUGCAAUCAUCCUCAGUUACUUCUACGUCUCCUUCAAUUGAGCCAGAAACUAAAGCUAUUGAUGCUAGCACAGUUCAAGUUUUGAUAUCUACUCUAAUGACAUGGGGAAUUGACAGUUCUUUGGAUAAAUUAUGUGCGGAGAAAUUAGGUUUAAAGAAAUCUUCGAACCGAAUAACAUUUGGAUUAAGAGGGGCAAAUGGCAAUAUGGCAUUUGCUGUUCCUUCUCCUAAUGAUAGUGCAGCAAUAUGGAAAAUUUCACAAACUAUGACAGCUUCACUUCUAUUGUCGAUUGUCGGUCUGACACGUUCAUUCCUUUCCAUGAAAGGCUUGGAAAAAUAUACAAGUGAACUUAUAACACACUAUGGAUCAUUGCUGCCAGAACUUGUUGGGAAAGAAUAUUAUCAUUCUUCUCUUGCAUUUCAUGCUAAAUAUUUCCAGGAUCCACUUGAGGAUAUAAGAAUAUCAGCAAGAACUCUUUUUUCAUCAGCCUUAAAUAAUAUGCCAUCAUCAGAAUUAACAUCAAUAAUUGAUUAUUGGAAACAAUUUUUACCAGCAGUAGCUUCUCCGGGUAUAUAUAAUAAUCAGUAUAUGGCAAGAUCAACUAUAUUGCUUGGAAUGAUCGGAGCUGAUUAUCCUAAUUACUUGUCACAAACCGUUGCCAGAAAUAUUGCACUUUCAUUAGUACUAUUAUUACAUGAUAGUUCAAAAUUAUCACAUCGGCUGGCUGCACUUGAAUUAUGUGGAAGGGGAUUUUCAACGUGGGAGCCUCAUUUUGAUGCAGUAGCAGUGUUGAAAACUUUAUUUACAUUUGCAAUCGAGACAGAUACUAAUGCUGCAACAAUUAGAGCAAUGGCGCAAAAAGCUAUAUUUCAAAUAUCCACGGUUAACACACCAUUGUGUAUAUCGACAUUAACACAUGAUACCAAUGAUUCAAAGAAGCCGACAGAAAAGUCAGGAUUUUUAAAACUAAUAUCGAUCUUUAUACGUAAAAGGCCAAUAUUAUUGCACUCUAAUUUAUCUGGAUUAGUUGAGGCAGUAGUAAAAUCUCUGGAUCCUAAUAUACCUAAAAUGAGGGAUACAGUAUUACAAACCACAACAAGCGUAUUACAUGAUUUGGUUAAAACAUUUCCUUCAGUUACUUUUCAUGGUGGAUCACAAAAAUUAGCUAUUGGUACACUUGAAGGUGCUUCAAUAAUUUAUGAUUUAAGAACUGCAACUAGGUUGCAUAUAUUAGAGGGGCAUACAAAAUCAGUUACAGCAAUAACAUUUUCAGGAGAUGGACGAUUAAUUGUAUCUUGUUCAUUGGAAGAAGGUACAGUAAGAGUAUGGAAUCCAAACCCUGGUUUGUUAGGAAUGAUAGCAGGAUCAUUAACGAACGGUAAUGGAGGAAAUGGUAACGGAACAUCAAGAAAAACACCUUUAUUAAGUUCUAUUAGAACUUCUAAAACAUUCGCUUUUAAUCUUGGUGAAGAUGCACGUUUAUCUGUUGCUUCAAUAUUGGAAUCCGUUUAUUUUGAAUGGGUAGCUGAUAGAACCGUAAAAUUACACGUUAAAGAUUCCAUUAUGUCAUUUAAUGUCUAAUGAAUUGUAUAUUUGAUAUUUACUGUAUUUUAGUUCAUCAAUAGUAAUAAUUUAAAGAAUUUGUAUUAUUAAAGAAUAGCAAUUAUUACAGAUUAUAUUAUAUUUAUUUAUAUAUUACUGAAUUAUUAAAUUCAACAGCCUAAUAACGAUACAUUGUGCUGUUAUUAGAUUAUUAGACAGUUAGUUACCCAAUAAAAAUCGAGUUAUCAAGUUAAAAUAAGUUUUCGGUAAUAAGCAUAAUAAGCACCUAGUAAAAAAAUCGAUCAUAGCAAUUGCAAUCCGAUUUCGACAAGGCGCCGGCAAACAUUCAAAUUCAUCUAUCUUAUGUAUACUAACUAUAUUUGACAUUUCAUUUUCACAUGGAAUUAUGA